GGGUUUAUUUCUCUCUCACACACCCAAAAAGAAAAACAAUUGGGUUUAUUUCUCCCUUUCUCCUUUUUCGCGCGUUUGUCUUUCUCUCCUCUUCUUCAAUUCCACCCCCUUUCCAUUACUCCUUCGUUUAUGUAACCGUCUUCCUCUGUUCUCACACUCUUCUCUGCAUUCUCUGCCAUUUUUGCCGCUUUUCAAGGUUCUCUCCCCUCACCUCUCUGCUGUCCCUUUCCUCCUUAACCAUGAAUUCGCAUGCAACAUCUUCACGAUGCUUCUCCUCAAUUCCUUCACUCAAAACCACCAUUAUUCGACCUCAAUUACCUCUUCCGAUUUCUAACCUCAAUUUCUCUCACCUCAAAACCAUCCCUAAAUUCAUCCAAAACCCUAGCACCACCUCAUCCUUUGCAUGCACCGCCGCAAUUACCUCGCCGCCGUUUCCGGACACCUCUGACCUCGCCGCCUCGAAAUUCGAAAAAUUGAUUUCCGAAUUCCGACCAUUAACCGAUCCCGUUGACCGAGUGAAGCACCUGCUGAGUUACGCUGCGAAGUUUCCGCCUUUGGAUGAGGAGAAUCGGUCGGCGAAGAACCGCGUGAUGGGGUGCACGACGCAGGUGUGGGUUGACGCGAAGCUUGACGGAGAGGGAAGAGUAAGAUUUAGGGCUUACAGUGAUUCUGAGGUUAGCAGAGGGUUUUGCGGGUGUUUAAUCUGGGUUUUGGAUGGCGCUUUUCCCGAGGAAGUGUUGAAUUUGAAAACUGAAGAUUUAGGGUUGUUGAAUUUUGGGGGAAUUUCGGGAGGAGUUAAGUCCAGGGCUAAUACUUGGUACAAUGUGUUGAUUAGUAUGCAGAAGAAGACUAAAAGAUUGGUUGCUGAAAAAGAAGGGAAGGUUUUUGGUGACCUUUUCCCUUCUUUGGUUAUUUCAGCUAAUGGGGUUACUGCUAAAGGUAGCUUUGCUGAAACGCAGGCAAGAUAUUUGUUCCCUGAUGAAUCACAAGUCAACGAUCUUGUCAAUCAUCUCAAAGAAAAGAACAUUGGCAUUGUUGCACAUUUCUACAUGGAUCCUGAGGUCCAAGGUGUCUUAACUGCUGCGCAAAAGCAGUGGCCACACAUCCAUAUAUCAGACUCCUUAGUUAUGGCUGAUAGUGCUGUAAAAAUGGCAGAAGCUGGAUGUCAAUAUAUUACUGUUCUUGGUGUAGAUUUUAUGUCAGAAAAUGUUCGUGCAAUUCUUGAUCAGGCUGGCUAUGACAAGGUUGGUGUUUACAGGAUGUCUGAGGAACGAAUUGGUUGCUCAUUGGCUGAUGCUGCAGCCACAACAGAGUAUAUGAACUAUCUUGAGAUUGCCUCUUUGUCACCACCUUCCCUUCAUGUGAUCUAUAUAAAUACUUCAUUGGAGACAAAAGCUCAUGCUCAUGAACUUGUACCAACAAUAACAUGUACUUCCUCCAAUGUCGUGCAAACAAUUUUGCAGGCAUUUGCACAGAUUCCUGACCUUACAUUGUAUUAUGGACCGGAUUCCUACAUGGGUGCCAAUAUUGCAGAGUUGUUUCAGCAAAUGUCCAUGAUGUCAGAUGAAGAGAUUUCAGCAAUACAUCCACAACAUAACAGAAACUCAAUUAGAUCUUUGCUUCCGCGCUUGCACUACUUCCAGAAUGGUACAUGCAUUGUACAUGAUCUUUUUGGACAUGAAGUUGUAGAGAAGAUAAAUGAGAUGUACUGUGAUGCAUUCCUUACUGCCCAUUUUGAGGUCCCUGGAGAAAUGUUCUCUUUGGCAAUGGAAGCAAAAAGACGAGGAAUGGGGGUAGUUGGCUCCACCCAGAACAUAUUAGAUUUCAUAAAACAGAGGCUACAGGAGGCUCUAGAAAGAAAUACUGAUGACCAUCUUCAAUUUAUCCUGGGGACGGAAUCAGGAAUGAUUACUUCCAUUGUCGCCACAGUACGCGCAAUGUUGGCGUGCGCAAAACCCUCUCCAAAUAAAGCGGAUAUUAAUGUUGAGAUAGUUUUUCCCGUAUCAAUGGAUUCAGUUUCAAACACAAAAAACACCUCAUAUGGCAGCUCUAGCGCAACAGGAGUUGAAGAUCCACUAAAUCUUACUGUUGUACCUGGAGUCACAAGUGGUGAAGGAUGCUCCAUCCACGGGGGAUGUGCAUCCUGUCCAUACAUGAAGAUGAAUUCUCUCAGCGCGCUUCUAAAAGUUUGCCAAAACUUGCCAAAUGAUAGACAUGUUCUCUCAGCUUAUGAAGCUGGAAGAUUUAGCUCACAAACAGUGAAUGGAAGAUCAGUAGCUGAUGUUGGAUGCGAACCAAUUCUUCACAUGAGACACUUUCAGGCAAACCGAGAACUGCCAGCGAAGCUAGUUCAUCAGGUCUGUCAAUCAUAAAACCUGAUGAACUUUGUCAUUUGUGCUGGAUUUCAGAUAGGUGCUGCUGCUCAAAUGGAUGGAUGAGCUCCGUUUGCGAUUUUGUCAGAUGAUGACUUAUUAUAUUUAACUCACAAUCCCUUAAUUAUGCCGCAACAAAGAAUCCUGUGAUUGUUGCUUGGUAUGGGAAUCUUUACCCUCUUCCUUUUUUGGUUAAUGGUACCAACUUAAGUCAAAUUUUAGAAUUCUAGGAAUAGAAUGAAUGAUUUGCUUGGCGAUUUGUUGUACAUAUGAUCAUAUUCUUGGCUGAAUUAUAUAAUAACAAUUCUGGUUUAGCAUUGAUCUUUUAUCCCCAUA